AUGGUUCGUUACGCACAGCGGCCGUGGUACAACCCCCUUGGGUGUAUGGCUUCCUCACCUCCGGCCUACGUCUUUUUAGUGUUUUUCACUGGCUUGACCCUGGUCUGGCCCAUACGCUACCGUAUCUCAGAAUACUUCGAGCGCCAACGGGCUGGACCCCACGUCGAGCUCCGGCAAAAAGCAGUAAUGUACUACAACGAAAUCGAAAAGAUGCACCGUCGGCAGGCAUUGGUAAAUCAGGAGAACCUGCAGAAUGAUAAUAGUGGGCAUCGACAGCAAGCACUAAUGGUAGCGGAGUCUUUGCGGAUGGGUCAUAUUGAUCAGGAAUAUAAUUAUUGGUUUGCGCAUCAGCGAGAUGCUAUACGCGCGGAGAAGCUGCUUUUGGAAAUUAAGGAGCUGAAGGCGAAGCUUGCAUUGUGA